AUGGCCAUCAGCCGGCUGAUUUUCCUGGCCCUCGUGGCAUUAGUCCACCACCCCCUGAUGGUCAGUGACAUCAAUGAUUCGGCCACGCGGGACCGUCUCAGGGAGCGUGAGGUGCGGCUGACUAGGGAAAUGGGGCGCCUGCAGGUGGAAUUGGAUCAGGAGAACUGGGACUGGGAUCCAGGACAGAGCCAGGAGCAGUGGAGCAGCGGUGAGCGAACAGCGGAAGACGGAACCCGGGACGGGUGGCCUUACGUAGGGCUGGUCCUCCUCAUCCUCUUCGGAUGCUGCAGACGCACCACUGAGGAGGAGCCCGGCUACGCCUCCAGCACAGACAGCUCCAGCAGCAGCAGCGAAGACGAAGACACUGAUCUGGAACCCGCAUAUUACGACUCCAAGCGAAGAUUGCUGGAGGAUUUUUACUACCACCGCGUUGAGACGGAAGGGAGUGGCAUGAGCAGCUUGUGCGAUUUUGUGGAGGCGUUUGUGAACGAUCUGCUGGAAGGGAGCCGGAACGCCCUUCCCUCUCAAAACACACUUCCUCUGCUGGAGAACUGCAUUGGGGUGGGCAGUGCCUUUGAAGGAUGGCCCGUGGAGAAGGUUUCCAAAGCGUUCUCUGUCCUUGUGCCCAUAUCGCCACCCAAGGGCCACUCCUUCCACACUGAAACCAGUGAUUCUCAGGGUGCUCCAAGCAAGCACGGGCACAUCUUGGUGGAAAGGGAUUGCGUGUGCAAGAGAGAGAAGCUGCUGGGGGACGUGGUGUGCUUCCUUCACCACCCGGAGCGACAGCUGAGCCGGGAAGAGCAAGGCGGCUCCCUAUUGCACGUCCUUUGCACCCGUUCCCAUUUGGACGGGGAGAAAGCCACCCAGUGGUUCCGAGCGCUGGUGAGCAAGGCCUGGAAUACCCUUGGCCAGAAGUACAGCUUAAGUCUCACCAUCCAGCAGUCCGGCCAGACCUGCCGGCUGAAAUUGGAAUUCCCAUCCGGGAAGGGGGUCUUGAUUGACCUUUUACUUGGGGUGCAGCAAGGAGACUCUCUGGUCUUCCUGACCCCCCAGGGUGGCAAGAAAGACCAUCUAAACGGUACUGCUUGGUAUCAGAGCUUUGCUGUCCAGGAGCUGCUCUUUUUCAAAUGGGUGGGCCAGCGAGCUCCCAGGGACAGCUGCCACCUGAAAUGCCUUCAGGUCCUCCUCUUCUUCCAAGCCUCCAGUACCCCAGGAAAGAAGAACCCGGUGCUCACCGACUACCACUACAAGACCUCUCUGAUGCACCUCUUGCUUCAGGGGCCUCUGUCCUCCUGGGAGCCAGAGCAAACUGCACUGAGACUUGAGGACAUCCUCCUGCACAUGCGUGGUGCCCUGGAAGGAAAAUACCUCCAGCACUUCCUCGUAGGGAACCUUGCCUUCCCUAUUCGAAUUCCUCUGCCCAGGAGCCUCCGAAGUGCUGCCCCCUUGAACCUUUUCGAGCCCUUGGCCCAGGACACGAGCCUUCAUGCGGAGGCAAUGAAGGCGUUUGCAGAGGUGGUGGAGCAAGUGAGGGCUCUCUGGCUAGCACCGGGAGAAUAG